GCGUGUUCAGUCAAGAAUGGCUCGUGACAGAGAUCAAGUGAGAAUGCACGAUGCAUCCAAAACAAUCUUUUCUGAAACCUCAAAUCGGUUUGAGCAUCUUCCGAUACUGUACGUACUAUUAUCACUACCGGUAGUACAUCUUGGGUAUCCCAAAUAUAAUGGCUUCUACCUUUGGCUUACGGCAAGCUUCCCGCUUGACUGCUCGUCGAUCCGUCGAGAAGAUCGUACCGACCCGUUCCCUGCUACCCCCUGCUCCCAAGAUCCUUCGGCCACCGCUAUCGUCUCGGUCGUUGUUUAGUAGUAGUGGGGGCAACGACGAGAACAACGAUGAUCCCCAUGCCCUCUUCAAAGAACAAAUGGAGCAAUUAAAAUCAGAACGCGAAGACUUGUUUGGGUUUACUCAAGAAGAUCAAAAUGCCUGGGGCAACCUGGCCAGUGCCAACGACAAGUUGCCUCCAUCCCUCAUGGAGUCUGUGCAAGCGGCGCGAUUGGCCCAAGAAGAAAUGGAGGACAAUCAUCAAGUCCAUCAUCAGUCGCCACCACAAUCCAUUGCCAAGGAGGGCACAAAACACGAUACUGCUGAUGAUGAGGAGGAAUACCAGCCAUCCCACGGAAUGACCCAUCUAUCCGAGGACGGAAGCACUGCCAAUAUGGUGGAUGUGGGACAUAAAGUUGUCACGCAACGCACGGCACGAGCUGAAACAAGGGUUAUCUUACCUCCAGAAGUCGUGGACGCCUUUCAAGUCAAAAGUGAACAAGAAGAGGUAGUGGGGCCCAAGGGAGCUGUGUUUGCAACGGCCCGAAUUGCCGGUAUCAUGGCAGCCAAGAAAACAAGUGACCUCAUUCCCUUGUGUCACCCGCUGCCAUUGGACAAAGUGCACAUUGACAUUCGGAUGGAACACGACAAUACCGUCCUCAUUUCUUGUGAAUGCCGCGUUACGCACAAAACGGGAGUGGAAAUGGAGGCAUUGACGGGCGCCAGCGUAGCAGCCCUCACAGUGUAUGACAUGCUGAAAGCUCUCAGUCACAAUAUUCGAAUAGAGCAGACAGUGCUGGUAAGCAAGUCUGGGGGAAAACGAACAGUCGGACCCAACUAAUAGAUGACACGGGUUCCCCAUUCUACCGUUUGUUGGAUCCGCUGUGACCACGCAACAUUUUUUUAAGCACAACAAUCCAUCCACGCAGCAAUGGAAUUGAAUUAAACGACAUGUUUCGUGGCCAAUGCAACGCUCUGUGUUGGCCAAUGCAACGCUCUGUGGGACCACAGUCGUACAUUCUCUACCACAUUUUUGAGACGACGUUUUGUUGACAGUGUCACGGCAAUGUGGAAACACCACAAUCUUGAAAAGCUAUGAUAAUCAGCACACAACGAAGAAAGAUCGUAGAAGCCCGCUUCCUCUGCAAGAAGCAAGGGAGAUCUGCCCAGUUGCGCUGCAAAGCCGCCAUCAGUGUAACUUGACUGUCUCUCAGAAGACCCAGGUUCGAUUCCUGGUGUCUGCGCACAACCUUUUGAAUGGUAAGACUGGCAACAAUUCGCACCUGAUAUAGAACGAAUCAUUUCAACAGAGAAGACAAUGGCAAUGGAGCCAGCGUUUGCAAUCUGAUAUGGUGUAAUGGUAGCAUGUCUGACUGUCUCUCAGACGAUCUGGGUUCAAUUCCUGGUAUCAGAGUUCACAACCUUUUAGUGUUCCAGGGCAGAUAGAUAGACUACAACACGUUGCACACUUACUGUAGAAAUUAGGGCUGUUCCAACGUUCCAACGUUUCAACCUCCUUCCGCUGCCUAUUGAGACGCGGGAGUAGCCAGACGUGCACAGACAUCUGUGACUGCUGCAGCCAGUGCGCGUGCUAAAAUCUGACUCCACCCGUGAAAGGAAGCAGUCACGAGGCUGACACUUGGAUGCGAAGAAGCGAGCCAAAUGAUCUGUUCGA